AAACAGAAUGGCCGGUCCAGUUCCAGCUCUACCAGACACUUUUAUUCCCAGUUCUAACAGUGUUUACUCUGACCAGUUUGGUUUCUACUCUCUGGACUGUAACGUGCCUGGACUUUCUAAAGUCAUCUUAAACUCAACAUGAAGGACUACAAUGAUUACAGGACAGCAUUGGAGAGGAAAGGAAAAGUUGGAUUUCAUUCCCAUAUAGAAAUGUUUCAAAAUUUGGAAGACACUUCCAGCCGACCUACUAGACCCUAAAGCGCUUAAACACUGCAUUAAAUGAGUAUAUGAGAUCUUCCUUUCUCCAUGGAGGUGUGGUCUCGCCCUGCUAAUAAAGUGAGGUGUUGGGACGACUGGCUGUCUAUGCAGGGCGAUCUGACGCCCCGUCUGGAGCCCAUCCUGUCCGGCCAAAACACGACAGAUCUCUGGACCAAUGCCUACCGACCGUGGCCGGAGGAGGCGGAGCUUCGCGAGUCUGUGUGGCAUGUGUGCAGCGAGUUCUUUUCUCGGUCAUUGACUGUGGACCCGUAUUCUCGCCCUCUGACCGUACAUCUUGUUGGCGCCGGUCACAACGAGACCCUGGGAGCCAGAACGACAGACAUGGACAAGCUCAGCCGCAUGUUCCCGGGGCACCAGGGUCUGGAGGUGGUGAUGGUGGGGCCAGAGGUGGUGAAGGGGCCCAUCGUGAGGCCCCCGCUGAGGGCUUUUGGACCCCGAGGAAGAGUGUACAUCAGUGCUUACAAGGGCCUCUAUCAUCAGUUCUGGGAGGACGUUGUAGAGAAAGGAGAAGCAGCUAAACCAGAUCUCGUGGUUGGCUUUCACCCAGCUAUACUUUUGAAAUGGUUUUUAAUGUUUACGGAUUGGCCCCAUUGACUUCCAUUGUAAGUGUCUCACUGUAACACAUAUUUUUGCUUGUUUUUUUUUAAAGAAAAGGAGGGAAGGGUCGAACAAAUGUUUGUGGUAAUCAACAUUACGCCACAAAUGCUGUUGAUUGAGCUUAACUUGUACUGAACCCGAAAUAUUCCUUUAAUAACGUUUCAUUGCAGCGAUCGCCGCUACUUGCUGUAUUGUUGUGCAUUUGAUAAAUAAACUUUGACUUGACAUGAUUUGACUUGAAACGAACUGUCUGAACAAACUGAUCAGUUAAAAUACAUCUAAUUUACCAAUGCUACAUUCAAUAUGGUUUGAAACGCUCACUCGACUCUGCUCGUUCAGUUUUAAAGAUGCAAAUUUGCAUAAUGUGACAAAACAAAACAUGAUUGUAUUUGGAAAGAAAUGUCCUGCAGUGUGACACGUUAUACUCAAUCUAAAACGUUUUUAAAUGGCAUUUUGCUCAUUCUUUUAUAGUUGUUGCAGUAUGUUCGCAAGUAAAAGGUUAUUACAAAUGGGUCCAACCCGAUCUCAUGACAAGUUGUAGUAAUAGUACGAGAUGGCAAAAUCGUACAAAAUUGUCAGAGUUGACUCGUACAAAAACAUACUACUUUAACUGGUGGAAGGUUGUUUUGAUUGAAAUUAAUUUUUACUAAUAAGGUGGCGAGGGGGCCUUUUACCCCACACUUAUUGCAAAAGACCCUCGAGAGGUUAUAGUGAUAUAGAGGCAAUAGGACAAAGCUUGUCAACAUAUGCAAAUAUUUUUUAGACAGAAAAUUCUUAUUAAAAAAAAAAAAACUUUAGAAAAGGGUACACCAUUUCUAGUUCAUUUCAAUCACAUUUGGCAUUUCAGAACAUUUUAAAUAUUCUAUUAACAAAUUAAUCUCCAUUGUGAUUGGAUUAGUCGAAGUGAGCCCACUUUGAACAUUCUUCAUAGCAAAUCUGUUCCUACCAAUUGAGCGAAACAAUGUGUUUUAUGGGGGGGCUUUAGCCCCUGCAACAGGUAUACCAACCAAAUACUAUCCUGUCACUUAUUGGACAUUAGCCCCAUUGUCGUGUUGCUUUGGCUAAAAGUUUAGGGUUAGGUUAGGUUAGGGUUAAGGCUUAACCCUAACCUAACCCUUAAUUAAUAUGUAUUUACUGACUGACUUAAAAUGAUCACUCACUGUGUGUCAAAUGUAAGUGCAAAUUGGCACUGGAUAGAAAAAGAAAUGGAGGUACAAACGUUUUGUUUAUUUUCCAUUUUUAAUUACUUACUGUCAAUUUAUAACAUUAUUAUGUGUUAAUUAAAGCGUUUAAAGUAAAUAAACACACUCAUAACAUUUUUUCCAGUUGCUGUUUUUCUAGGACCCUUGAACAUGCUGACUUUAAGUCCCCUAUAUCACCACACGGACACCUAAUUUAGAAAGAGGGGACGUACAGGCUAUCAAUCACAAAGUGAAGACAAAUAAACAAAGCCAGAAAUUAUCCAGCUAAACUCUCUUUGUUACUGUUCAUGUUUGAUUUAAAUGUUCAGAUCUGUCCUGUUUUAUUUGCUCUUUUUGUGAGUGUUUGUGGUUUAAGAGUUCAGGGUUCCACGCGUCUCAGAGGUUAGGAGAGGGCUGGCUGCCCACGUUACUGCCGCUCAGAGACUACAACCUCCCAUCCAUAUUCACCAUGUACAAUGAUGCAGAGCUGCAGUACUCUCUUCAGAUACUAACAGAACUUGAGAUGGACAUUAAAGACACUGGGCCAGACCCCUUCAGAUCCCAGAAACCUGAGCAGGUUCAGUCCAGCCCAAACAAAUCGCCCAGUUACUGCAAUGCCGUCUACAUUUACUUUCAGGGGCUGCUGGAGGCACAACAAGAGGAAGAUUAGAAGUUUCAGGAACCUACAGUUUAAUUGCCUUAUAAACCAUCUGAAUACAUUUCUCAGUUUUUUUUCACACAAGUCACUACAUUUCUUUAGUAUUUGGACAUCCGUCACAAAAAAAAAAAUGUGCCAGUUCUUCCAAAGAAAAAAUAAAAUUGCUCAAACAUCCAUUGCGUAAGAUUUUCAGUGUCACUUUCAUUUCGAGUUAAGUCAUUAUUUAAGAAACAUGCUAUUAAAAAAAAAGAAAAAAAAAAAAGAAAGAAAAGCAUUUGCAUCACAUUUUAUGAAACAUUCAGCACCUCCUUGUGGUGGAAUAAUUCUGCCACACUUAUAGAUGAUGAAACUAUAUAUCCAAUACAUGCUAAAUAAACAUUAACAUUGUAUAUACUGUUAAUGACACUUAAUAUAGCCUAACAGCUAUAAUCAUAAUACUAUAAAUAAUCUUUAUAAUGAUGAACAUUUCAUUUUAAACUUGUACGGAGAACUUAAAGUAGGUUGAGUUUGACUCCUGGAACAGACAAUAUGUCUCAUAUUGUAUUAUAAAGCAUACAGUAUGUUUCUAUUUAGAUUCCACUACUGUCAAUAUAAUUUAUUUGAUAUGGAAUUGAUUGUCAUUUGAUAUGGAACAAGUGUGAUGAAUAUAAUAAAUACAUUAAUCAAUUACAUAAAUGUAAUACAGGUGUAUCUGUGACACUGAAAACACAAUAACAAAUUCUAUAGGUACAUUUUCUGGAAAAAGUCAAAAAUAAAAAUGUGAGUGGUGCUUGCCAAGGCAAAACUGCCUCAGUACACCGCUUUGAGACAAAAGAACCCACACCCAUGCAUCUUCUGGUGCAGAGAAAUUGCAUGUUGCUAUAUGGCUGAUAAGGUGCUUUGGAUGGUUGCUAGGGCGUGGCUAGGCAGCUGAAAGGCUACUGGUUUGAUCCCCAAAGAAUGAGUUAUAUGAGCUAUUGUGCACAUCUAUAGCUGUUCAGUUACCAACAUGAAAAUAUAAAGAACAACAUUGUUAUUAUAUUGCUACCAGCCUACUGUACAGUAUGUUUCAAUCAAGAUCUCUCAAUGCAUAUUUUCACAACUAUGUUAGAUGUCUUUGUUGUCUCCCCUUAAAUGAUGCAAAUGAAAUGACAUUUCAUAAAAUAGUGGUAGGCCUAUUCUGUUUGUUUAUUCUGAAAGGCUGAAUUUUACUUAAUAGAGGUAAAUUAAUUUAAGUCUUUUUCUUGCCAGUAAUAAAGAAUCAAGCCAAAGGCUUUCAAAACUCCUGCCAAAUUUGUUUUAGACUUUCUUUGCAUAUGGCAAUAUAUCGGUGUUUCUACACAACUCACAGAAUAUAUUGAUUGGCAGCUUGGAAAUAAAAUCAGUUGCAUUUCAGCCUUUUGCACUACAGUGCCAGUAUUAGGCUACACAC